AUGAAAUUCAUACCAUUCAAUUUAUAUGACAAUCAAAAUUUAUUGCCAUCAAAUGAAGACGAUGAACCAAUUGAUGUGAUUGCAUCAUUAAAUGAUUUUUUAAUGUCGACAAAGAAUGGAGAGAUACUACAUUACAAUAUAACAUCAACCAAUGAAUGUAACAUUUUAAAUCGAUUCAAUACACGAUAUACAACCAUUCAAGCAUUAUCAUACAUUGAAACCAAUGAUAGUAUUUUAACAUUAGAGAAAGAGGGGGAGAUUGGUGUUGUAAUGGUUUACCAAAAUUGGAGACAAAAUCAAGGUUGUUCUUCACCACAGCUUGAAGAUGGUAGUCCAUUAUCAUCAAGUCCAAUCAUUUUACAAGAAUUUGAUCACCAAUCAUCAUCACCAUCAUCAUCAUCACAUUUACAUUCACAUUUAAUAUCAACAUUACCAACCUUAACUAAAAUUAAUAUACCAGUACCAUCAAGUGUUGUAUCAUUAUCAUCAUGUCCAAUUACAGGUCGUGUAAUUAUAUCAACCGAAUCAUUUGUUAGUGUUUGGACACCAGUUUAUAGUAAUUAUCCAUCAAUAAAUUAUUUUGAAAAGAUUUUAGAUAUUCAUAUCAAAGAUGUAACUCUAGUUGCAAUCUAUGAGAAUUAUUUAGCAUAUUCAACUUUAAAUGAGGUUAAAGUUUUAUUAUUAUCAUUAUCACUCUCAAAAAGAAGUCAAACAUCACAACAACAACAACAACAACAACAGCAACAACAACAACAACAGCAACAACAACCACAAUUUGAAUUAUUUAGAAACAAUAAUAAUAGUAGUAAUAAUAAUAAUAAUAAUAGUAGUAAUAAUAAUAGUUUACUUAAAUCAGUUAAUAGUGGACCAUCAGAUAUUAUAGAGGAUGAACAUUAUUUUGAAGUAACAUUUGAUAGUAAUGGUAAUCCAACUGGUAAGAAUCAAAUACCAAUUUUAGAGAUUAAAUCAAUAACAGAUAAUAAUAAUAAUGGUAAUAGCAAUAGUAAUAAUGGUUUUGAAGAAGUGUUGGGACCAAUUAGUGAUAUUGAACAUGGUAUAAAUGUAAAUAGUGAAUCUGGUUUCACAUUAUUAGCAUCAACAUUAUUAUUAAGUAAAAGAUUUUAUAGAGAUGAUGAAAUUCAUACUUUAUUUUUAUUACCAGAUGCAUCAACAAACAAUUCAAUACUCUUACAAGAGGAACCUUCAAAUACCAAUAGCGUUGGUAAUCCAACUGGUAGCACUGGUAAAUUACCAUUGACACCACCAAGAAAUAGAUCAUUAGGUCAAAUGAAUGUUCAAUCAAAUUCUUCAAAAUUAAGUAAAAGUAGGUCAAAUAGUAAUUUUAAUAACAUGAAUGGUUCAAUAGAUACUGCAGCUGCAGCUGCAUUAGCAUCAGGUAUAACAGUUAAUGGUAAUAAUAAUACCAAUAAUACCACCACUACCAAUAACAAUACUACAAAUAAUACAAAAUCAAUGGUUUAUAUGAGAUGUGUAAUUUCAACAUCAAGACAGGGAUUUGUUUAUAAUAUAAGUAAACCAUCAUUAUUAUCAUGUUAUUUAUAUGCAAAUGAAACUAUUGCAUGUACAGCAAGUCAAUCAUUCCUAUAUACAAUUACUAUUGAAGAUUUAGCAACAUGGACAUUAAGAUCAUGUGAAGGUGCAAAUGAUGGUGAUGUACCACCACCAUUUGGUUUAGGUUUAAAAAAUUUCUUAUUCCUUAAAAAAGUUGCAGUAGUUGGUGAUCAUUUAAUAAUUUUAUCAAAAACUACAAAUGCACAAUUAAAUGGUAUUACAAUUGGCGGCGGUGGUGGUGGUGGUAAUGGUAGUACAAGUGGUAGUAAUAAUAAUAGUACAAGUGGUAAUAAUAGUAGUAAUAAUAAAGUACCAAAUUUAUUAAGAUCAACAAAUAAAACAUUAUCACCAAAUCCAAAAUCGAAACAACCAGAACCAAAACAAAUGAAACAAUCAAUGAUUACAAAUUUUUGGAGUAUUUAUAUUAUUCAUCAUACACCACUUCAAACAUUGUAUAAUGAAAUUUUAGAGUAUGCUCAAAUGAGUAAAGAAAAAGAUGAAGAAGUUUAUCAUCAGUUAUUGUUGGAGGGUCAUUUCUUAUUACAAUCGAAAUUAGCCAAUCAACAUAUAUCAACUUCAAUCAAAAUGAAUGAUAUGGCAUCAUUGAUAAACUAUGGUAUAGAACGAAAGAAUUAUCAAUCCCUUUUGAAAAGAUCGUCAACUUAUUUGGGUGAAUUUUUCUCAAAACAAAAAGAUUUCAUGAGAGCGGCACUUUGGUAUAGUUCAAGUGAUUCUGAUAUUGAGUCGGUUUUCAAUCUAUUAGUUUCGACACCAGAAUCACAUAAAUCAUUGAUAUACUAUUUAGAACAUGUGCUUUACGAUCCAUCAUCUUAUGAAUCACUAUAUGGCAAUGAGGAAUUAUGUAAUAGAAUAUUGAGACAUUAUCAUGAACAUAGUCCACAUAGAUUAUCAUUGUUGGUAUUGGAAUCCUCGAUUUCAAGCUACUCUCAAACAUUGGCAAUCCAAUUACUAACCAGUAUUUCAGAGAAGGGUGAUUUCGAUCUUGAUGAAAGAAAUAGAGUGUACUUUGCAUUGGGGCUAUUGUAUCUUGACCAGGUUAAUAUUCAAGAUACCAUUCUUUCAUUUAACCAAAUUCCAACGGAAGCUUUAAUUCAUCUCUGUUUGAAAAAUCCAAAACUUUUAGCACCAAUUGGCGAAUCUGAACCAACUGGUCUAUGUAAAAUAUUAAGACAAUCAACUCCAUGGGGUCUAUUGGAGAUUACAAUUCAAUUGGUAAUUCAAAAAGAGAUUACCCCUGAAUUUGCUUUAAAAAUUCUAUUGGCUUCAACUUCAACACUUACAAAUGGUAUCUUAAAUCCAAUCUCUUAUCAUACCGAUGAUUAUGAUUUUGAUUCUUUAUUAUUAAAAAUUUUUUUAGAAUGGUUUUUAUCAAAUAAUUUUAAACAACAACAACAAAUUGCACAAUUACAAGCACAACAACAAAAACAAUUAUUACAACAACAACAAUAUCAACAACAUCAACAAUUAUUAUUACAAAGACAACAACAACAACAACAUCAAUAUCAAUAUCAACAAAAACAACAACAACAAUCCCAACAACCACAAUCUCAACAAUCCCAACAACAGCAACAACAACAACAACAACAACAACAACAACAACAACAACAACAACAACAACAACAACAACAACAACAACAACAACAACAACAACCACAAUCUCAUCAAGCACAACAAAACAAAAACCAUCCAUCAUCAACAUUUUCACAAGAACUUGUUCCAGAAUUUAUUAAAUAUUUAAUACAUUUAUAUGUUCAAGAUAUACAUAGAUUUAGAGGUUCUGAUGAAAAACUUUUUAAAUCAUUAAAUUUAGAUAUUCAAGGAAUAUUUAAUAGUACAAAUACAAAAUCUUCAUCAUCAAAUUUACCAACAAAUAAUAAUAAUAAUAAUAAUAAUAAUAAUAAUAAUAAUAAUAAUAAUAAUAAUAAUAAUAAUAAUAAUAAUAAUAAUAAUAAUAAUAAUCAAAAUAAUAAUAAUAAUCAAAAUAAUAAUAAUAAUCAAAAUAAAUCUCAACAACAAAAAAUACCAAAUAAUAAUAAUAAUAAUAAUAAUAAUAAUAAUAAUAAUAAUAAUAAUAAUAAUAAUAAUAAUAAUAAUAAUAAUAAUAAUAAUAUUAAUAAUAAUAAUAAUAAUAAUAAUAAUCAACAACAACAACAACAACAACAACAAAUUAAUAAUUAUCAUUCAAAUAUUUAUUGUAAUCAAUGGAUUUUAUUUCAUUUAAAUUCAUUUUUAAAUAUACCACAAUGGUUAUCAAAAUUACCACCAUUUUCAAUUGAUAACCCAUCAGCACAAAAUCAAGUUAAAUAUUUAUUAACAUCAUUAUAUUAUAGAAAACUUCAAUCUUUAUUAUCGAUUAAUAUAAUUAAAGAUUUUGAGUUUAUGGAAACAAUUGAAACUAUAUUCAGUAAUGGUAAUGAUCCAAAAGAGAAUACAAUGUUAUUAUCAUUGAAAUUGGCUUGUUUACCAUUAUUGGAUCGUAUAAAAGAAUCAAUUGAAUUGGUAUUACAAUCGAAUAUCUCUAUCAUCUUUGAUUAUUCUUGUCAUUUUUGUAAACAAUUGGAAGAUUGGUCAAUAGUUUUAGAAUCAAUUUUAAAGAAAUAUCAAUUAGAAAAAUCACCAACAGAAAAAGAAAUUAUCAUUCAUGAAUAUGAAGAGUUAUUAAGUCAUCUUAGUGCUUUCUUAGAUCCUGAAUCUUUUCUUCAUUUAUUACCACCAAAUGGUAAAAUCGAUUAUUAUUUGCUUUUCAUUGAAAAAUCUUUUUCAAAUCAUCAAGCUAAAAUUUUAAAAUCAAAUUUAUCUUCAAACUUAUUAGAAUAA